AUGGGCGAGUACUCGAAAGCACUUUCAGCAUACAAACGAUCACUUGAAAUAAAAAAAAUAGCUCUCCCUCCGAAUCAUCCCAACUUGGCUGGUUCCUACGACAACAUCGGUUUGGUGUAUGAUAACAUGGGCAAGUACUCGAAAGCACUUUCAUCGUACGAACAAGCACUUGAAAUCCAAAAAAUAGCUCUUCCUCCGAAUCAUCCCAGCUUAGCUACUUCCUACAACAACGUCGGUUUGGUGUAUGAUAACAUGGGCGAGUACUCGAAAGCACUUUCAUCGUUUGAACGAUCACUUGAAAUCCGAAAAAUAGCUCUCCCUCCGAAUCAUCUCGACUUCGCUCAAUCCUACAACAACAUCGGUUUGGUGUAUAAUAACAUGGGCGAGUACUCGAAAGCACUUUCAUCGUACGAACAAGCACUUGAAAUCCAAAAAAUAGCUCUUCGUCCGAAUCAUCCCGACUUAGCUACUUCCUACAAUAACGUCGGUGUGGUGUAUGAUAACAUGGGCGAGCACUCGAAAGCACUUUCAUCGUUUGAACGAUCACUUGAAAUCCGAAAAAUAGCUCUCCCUCCGAAUCAUCUCGACUUCGCUCAAUCCUACAACAACAUCGGUAAUGUGUAUAAUAACAGGGGCGAGUACUCGAAAGCACUUUCAUCGUAUGAACGAUCACUUGAAAUCGGAAAAGUAGCUCUGCCUCCGAAUCAUCCCGACUUGGCUCAGUCCUACAACAACAUCGGGUAUACGUAUAAUAAAGUGGGCAUAUAUGCCAAAGCACUUUCAUUUGGCGAAGAAGCACUAAAUAUUUAUAAAAAGACACUUCCUUCAAACCAUUCGAGCUUAGCUAAUGCCUACAACAAUAUUGCGGAGAUGUAUCCAAAUUAUUUAUGGCAACGUGCUGCACAGCGUGAACGACAAUUAAAACGGUCGAAAUUAAGAAAAAUAUAUUAUGAAGGUUGUCGUUGGGAAAUGUGCACUAUUUGUCAACAAGAAUUUCAUUAUGGUGAAGGGUGUGGGUGUGAGGAUGGGGUUUGGGUGUAGGUGUGGGUGUGGGUGGGUUGUGGGUGGGUUGUGGGUGUGGGCAUGGUUGGAUAUUCAUCGCCUCCACAUCCACGCCCACAGCUACACCCCCACCCACACCCACACCCAAUUCUGUUUCCGACUUUGCUAGCGAAUCGGAUAGUGAAGUCGAAGAACAGGAUACAGAAGAAUGUUUCGGAGAGCGAAGAUGGAGCGUGGAAUGGUUUGAGCCAAAAACAUUUACAUUUGACUCAAGUAAAUCUGGUAUCAAUUCAUAUUUACUAAAAAGUGGUGAAAAUAGACCACUAGAUUAUUUUCAUUUGAUAUUUAAUGAUAGUCUCACGCAAAAAAUUGUCGAGGAGACGAACAAAUAUCAUUUCUAUACAAUGCAACACGAAAAUCUACCUGCACGAUACCAAGAAACAAUUGAUGCUACUCUACCCGAAAUGUAUACAUUUUUAGCGCUUUAUAUGCUAAUGGCUCAUACGAAAAAAAAAUCUAAUAAAAGACUAUUGAUCUACUGAUCCAUUGAUUUCCACACCUAUUUUUGCAGACAUAAUGAGUAGAGACAGAUAUCAUUUACUUCUACGAUUUCUGCACUUCAAUGACAAUGAAUAUCAACCAUCAGAUGAUAAACUAUAUAAAAUCAAACCAAUAAUUACUUAUUUACGUGAUGGAUUCAGAAAAAAUUUUGUUCCUUAUCAGAAUUUAUCCAUUGAUGAAAGCUUGAUGUUGUGGAAAGGUAGACUUAGUUUCACACAAUAUUUUCCAUCAAAAAGGAGCAGAUUCGGAAUUAAAAUAUAUAUUAUAUGCGAUGUUCAUACUGGAAUGAUUUUAGACUUCAUUAUUUACACAGGCGUCUCUACGGAUAUAAUAAGAUUUUCAGAUGUCAGAAUUUCUGGUUCAGUUGUUAUGACUUCGAUGCAACCUUACUUAGAUGAAGGUCGCAAUGUGUUCUUAGAUAGUUGGUUCACAAGUCCUUCACUUUUUGAAAAACUACAUGCUAGAUCAACUGGUGCAUGUGGUUCUGUAAAAGUAAAUAGAGUGGGUUUACCUACGUUUGAAGAUAAAAUUAGGCGGGAUCAACAGGCUUAUAAAAGUAUAGAUAAUAUGCUGGCACUGAAAUAGCAUAAUAAAAGAGAAGUUAUAAUGUCAUCUACAUCCAUUCACCUCAUAUGGGAUUUACUGAAAAAAUUGAUCCAAAAACUAAACGACGAAUUCAAAAACUAAUUUCGAUAAUUGAUUAUAAUUCUAAAAGAGGUGCAAUUGACAAAAUUUACAUGCAAACAAGUUUUGUUGAAUGUGCAAGAAAGUCUCUCAAAUGGUAUAGAAAAUUGUUUUUUCAUAUGCUUGAUUUAUUACUUCUCAACUCAUAUUUUCUUUACAAAAUGGAAACCGGAAAGACACUUCAAUUGGUAGACUUUCGUUUACAACUUAUACGGGAAAUUUUACAAAAUUAUCAUACUCCAAAAACUACAAUUGGACGACCUAUGCAAGGCUGUAAACCAACUCGACUCACCGCUAGACAUUUUCCUUCUCUUGUACCUGAAACAACGGAAAGAAAAAAGCCUCAAAAAAAAAUGUGUCGUAUGUCCACAUACUAAGAGAAGACCUCAGAAGAGAAUAGAUUCCCGUUAUAUGUGUAAAGAUUGCGAUGUCGGUCUUUGCUUAAUUGGUUGCUUCGAAGAAUUUCAUGCCUUGGUAAAUUUUUAGUUUUUUUGUAUUUUUUUUUCAUUUCAAAAUAAACCGGCUGUAUCUUUUAAAUUAAGUCUAUGUACAACAAUUAUGGUCAUUAAUAACUCUCAAAAGAUAAUUCAUUUUUCGCAACACAAUGUCAUUUUUUUUUAUGAACAAAAUAAGUCCGCCGUCAACAGGCUAAGAUAUAAAUUGUAUAUGAAUAAAUAUACGUGCCAGGGCAAACUCAUGAACUGUAGUGACUUGUACUAAAGAACUGGUGAUCAACUCCAGCUCCAGCCCAUGUGAGCUGGUGAUCAGCUCCCUUCUGAUCUGCUUGAAAUGGCAUACCAGUUCCCACUCAUGAAACUGAUAUGGAACUGUCACAUCCAUACAAGAUAGUCGAUUGCUGAAAAGCAGAAGUUGAAACUAACAGAUCGAGCUGUUUACCGAUUGAAAUAUUAAUAAACCUUUACUCAAAUAUUGACAAAAUAAAUAUAUAACUUCAAUCCGAGAAGUAAUUGAUAUGGGAUACACAUGUCAUUACAGACUGUCACUAACAUAAAAGUAGAAUCUGACGCAGAGUAAGCCAAAGUAAAUUGACAGUCAUGAUGAGAAAUUUAAUCACGUCUGGAUACAAGAAAAAUCCUGACAAACAGCUUUCACGUCAUUUGUCGCACUUUUUUGAAAAAAUCUAAUAAGGUUAUCCUUUCUAAAAAUUAGAAAGUUAAUUAAUAUUUCGCUCGAAUGGUGCUGCAUUGAAACCAAAAAGUUUUAUCCCGAUUUGCGUUUAACAGACACAUAAUGUCUUGUCCUUAAACAAUGUUCGCUGCCUUUCGUAAGAAACUAUACCACACGAUUUAUCUUUUUUCUGUUGACUUUUUCAGAUCUGGCAAAAAUGCAGUCUGUACAGUUUAUGUCUCUAUUUUUUGCUCAACUUAUUUAUGUGACUGAUGUUAAGAUGGUUGUCAACGACCAUUUACUAGUUUUCUGUGUAUCAACGGAAGGCUGUCCGAUCGCUCGAUAUCAGUGUUUAACACCAAUCCCUCAAGCAGUCAAGGAGGUGGAGUUCAUAUUGAAUGAAUCGAACCUCCGUUCAAUAGCUAUCGGUAAACGACAGAUUGAGUCACAGAUGUACUUCGUUGCAUUCGGAACGAUGUGCAAACAUCAGGUUGAUUAUGCUUUUUACAUGACAAAAGUAACUGUUCAUUGUAACAAUAGUAGCCAAUUCAGUCAAGAUACUGUAUUCUUCGAUAGUACAACGUUCUAUGAAGCUCUUUCUUAUGCGUUUGAUGUAAGUCCCGAUGGCCGUUUUGCACUUGGUUGUACAGACAAAUCGCUCCUAAUCUUCGAUUUAAAUACUUUACAAAACGCUUCUCACAAAAUUGACUGGCCGCCACGUUUUCGACCCAUAGUGAUGAAGAUCAGCAAUCAACAUGUAUU